AUGAGUCAAGCACCCCAGUUAAUACGGGCGAAACCGAUAGCUUAUGUCGAAGGUUUAUUGCGUGAGAUUGAGCAAUUGAAAGCUCGUGAUCACCGAGUCUCUGAACAGGCUGCUGAAAUAAACAACUCCGUGAUCGACUUUGAUCAACCUCUUGACGCUAUCGAUGAAGCUUCCCAGCCGUCCCAGAACCCUCUCCUGGAUGAACAACCAUGGUUUCUGCCUGUUCAUUCCUCCAAGGUCCCUAUUCUAAUAGGAGAAGUUGCCGAUGCUGUGUUUGCAACCCGUCUUCGCCAACUCAUCACAGGCAAGACUCUGAGCCAUAUCCCCCGUGUCACAUAUCCGGGCCAUGACCAGAUUUUAGAGCUUGCGAAGACCGAAAUUCCCCAACCUCAACCCUCCCGUGCUCGAUUUCUCCUCCGAGUCGCUUUAGAAUAUUUGGAGGGAUCGUUCCAUAUUGUUCGCAAAAGCCUUGUUUGUGCUCUGUUAGAGAAAUAUCUCCAUGCACCCCAAUCACUCGAUUCACUUUCGACCUGCAAAAUCUUUGCACUUCUUGCCCUAGGGGAGCUUCACUCGAACCGUUUCCAGAAUCAGGAAGCCCAAAUAGCUGGCCUUGCGUACUGCAGUCAUGCCAGUCGGGCUCAUGGGCUGCUCGAAGAACGACCUUCUUUGGACUCAAUUGAGGUUUCAUUGAUCUUGUGCCUAUACGCUCUUUGUAUCAAUAGACGUCAUUCAGCAUACUUCUUAGCAAGCUCAGCCAUUCGCCGUGCUGUUGUUAUGGGGCUGCAUUUCGACUUUCCCAAUCCUCAUUUGAAUGACCCUGAGCUGAAAGAGCAUAUCAAACGUCUGUGGUGGACAUCAUAUGUGCUGGAUCAUUUAUGUGCAUCUAUCAGCAGCCAACUGGUGUCUAUUUCAGACAAUGACAUCUUUGUCGAUCUCUCAUUUACCCCAGACGUAGCACAUGAACGACAGAGUGAUUUCGCACAUACGGAGUGGUUUUUGGCAAGGGUGCACCUGGCAAGAAUUACAAGAAAAACAGUAGAGUCCGUCUACGAUCGCAGGCAAAAAAAGGAGUCAUUCUUGCAACGGGUGCAAUAUGCCCUUCGGGACCUCAAGCAAUGGUUAAAUGAUCUACCAAGGGACAUCCAGAUGGGUACACAACCGUCACAUUUGAAACCACGACCAAUUCAGUCUCUCCACCUCACUUUCAAUCAGUCUGUUAUUCUUGCGACACGGCCCGUUUUGCUUCACAAACUCCGAAUGCACAAAGACUCAAAUCGGGAAACUCCCACUGAAACGGAUCAAAUCGUUUCAAGCAACGUUCAAAGUCUAGCAGAAGCCUGCAUCAGGUGUGCUCGGCACUCCUAUUCUACCAUUGUCGAAUCUUGGAUUGAAGGGAAUUUCGGAACCUUUGACUACUUUAACACCCGGAAUCUCUUUUCCGCAGCUACAGUUCUGGCUAUUUCUUGUCUUCUCGGUGGUCCUGGUGGCGCUAAGGACUAUGAGGAUUUUGAGUUCGCCGGUGAACUCCUUGAAAAGCUACGUGACUCGGGGAGUUUUACUGCCAUGGAAUUCUGUCGACAUGUUGAAGAGCUGAACGCAGAUAUUCGCUCAUUCUGGUCUGGCUUACCAGGUACAGAAGCGCAAAGCUUCCAACACGAUAUCACAAGCGCCACCACCUACCCGACUCAAGAAGAGCAUUUCCUGCAGCCACGAUAUUUGAUGACAUCAGACAUGGCAUUAGCAGAACCUUCAAUUGAGGCAUUUCUCCAAAGUGAACAAAGUUUGACUCAGCUGAAUGCGUUUUGGGAUCAUACUGGACAGGAAGGGCUGUACUGGCCCACAGGUGAUAUUUUUUGAUGGACCUAAAUUCGCCAUUUGUGAC